ACAACAUAAACCUUGAAGUGGUGGUCUGCCCUCCUCUCGUCUCCUGCAACGCUAACAGAUAAAAUGGCGUCGGAAAACGGCUCCGAGACCCAAGAUGAGAAAGCAUCUCUUUUACAGGGAAGCCCUGAAGAGGAUGCACAACAGCAGGCUGGCAUAGUGUUGAGUAACAAAGAGUCAAAACUAACGCUUUAUCACUGGACCCAGUCCUUCAAUUCUCAGAAGGUGCGUCUGGCCAUAGCAGAGAAAGGUCUGCGCUGUGAGGAGUAUGAUGUGAGCCUUCCUCUCAGUGAACACAACGAGCCGUGGUUCAUGCGUCUGAACCCCGCGGGGGAGGUGCCGGUCCUGGUUCACAACGACAAUGUCAUCUGUGAUCCAACACAGAUCAUGGACUAUCUGGAGGAGAACUUUAACGAUGAGGGAACGCCCAGGCUGGUUCCUGAAGAGGGCAGCAGGUACUAUCUCAGAGUGCAGCACUACAGGGAGCUGCUGGACUCGCUGCCGAUGGAUGCAUACACGCAUGGCUGUAUCCUUCAUCCUGAGAUCACGGCUGACUCCCACAUACCAACAUAUGCCGCUGCAUCAAUACGAACACAGAUUGGAAACACCCAGACCGAGCUGGCGAAACUGGCUGAGCAGAACCCGGAGCUUAAAGAUGCUUACAUAGCAAAACAGAGGCGUUUGAAAUCAAAGUUGUUUGACCAUGACAACAUGAAGUAUCUUAAAAAGCUUUUGGAUGAACUGGAAAGUGUAAUGGACCAGGUGGAGACAGAGUUACAGCGGAGGGUGGAGGAAACACCAGAGGAAGGCAAACCUUCUUGGCUGUGCGGAGACUUCUUCAGCAUUGCCGAUGUCUCCCUGGCCGUCACCUUGCACCGCCUGAAGUUCCUCGGCCUCUCCCGACGCUACUGGGGCAACGGUAGCCGGGCCAACGUGGAAACAUACUACGAGCGGGUGGUGGAGCGGCCGGCCUUCAGGAGGGUGCUGGGUCACGUCAACAACAUCUUGAUCUCGGCUGUCCUUCCCGUGGCUUUCCGAGUCGCCAAAAAGAACGCACCGGUUAUUGUCGGCACAACUCUGCUGGUCGGGUUUCUCGGGGGAGCCACGUACCUGGCCUUUCUCUACAUGAAGAAGAGGCUCAGUCCCUUCAGCUGAAGGAGAUUUGGAACAAAACUUGGGUGAAACCGAUUUUAAAAUGUCAUCCAUCAUGUAACAAUGAUCUGUUAUAUGCAUCUGAACCAAUAAAAAAUGGUUUCUCUGUU